CACCUCCUAGUCCUAGACAACCUCUUAUACAACGAGACUAGCAAGUGCAUAAAGCCUUGGAACAAUAAAACACCUCGCUCCCCUUUCCCCAAACAAAACAUCCGAUCACAAUGUCUGCGCCCGCCGCCCCUACGACAGCGACUCCUCCCGUCGCCUUCAAUCGCCUCAAGCAGAUUGCUACGGAUGCUUGCCAAUCAGCCAUCGGCUCUGCUGAGUUCUACGAUCACGCUAAGACCGAGACAUGGAACUCUCAGAUCAUUUCCUCGGUCCUGAAGGCCGUCAUCUCUGAGUCCACACCCCAAGGCGGCUCCGCACCCGCAUACAAGUUCGCCUGCAACUCGACCAUCGUCCAGCACCUCGUCCCGACAUCCUCUCUCAACAAGUCCAAGGGCACAUCGGUCAAGGAGGAGGAGCCCUCCGUCUCCACGAGCGCCGAUGCGACCGCCACCGACGGCAAGCCCCACGUCGGCCGCCGCGGCAUGCACUCCGCCACCGGCGCCUACUGGGACGAGAAGAAGGAUGGCAUGUGGUCAUACAAGUACGAUGGCGGCGAGGGCAAGGGCAUGGACGUCGUGAUCAUGCUCAUUUGGGUCGCCAUCUAAGCGAUGGUGGAUGUUAGGCUCAGUGCUCGAGGACAGAAAUAGUGGGAAGACACUCGAAUCCAGCGUGCUGGGGUUUGCGUCGCCU